UAUUGUAGAAUUGGAGAACUCAACCCCAGGAAGUCUCUCGAACGCUGUGGUUGAUUCUCCUAUAAUAAUUGUAUUCUCUGAGGAUCGAGAGCGAGUGAAGUGUUGCUGUGAGAGAUGUCGCUUUAUCUCAACACCAUCAGCCUGACUGUGAGUGAGAAGAUGGCCGAGGAGAAGAGCGUACAGAAGAACUUUGAGUGUGUGGAACUGGGAGAUCUUCAGCUGAAAGAUGAGAGCAGAGAGAAAACUCCACGCAGAGUGAUUCACUUCUCCAGCGGAGAGACCAUGGAGGAAUACAGCACUGAGGACGAGGAGGAGCACACACACACACACACACACACACAGCCUGACAACCACGACCUUCUGUCCUCAGUAGACACGUCAAAGCUGACCUGGGGUCCAUAUGUCUGGUUCCAGAUGUGGAGAGCAGCUACAAACACUGUGUCAGCGUGUGAUUACGUGGGAGAGAGGAUGGCCUCGCUGUUCGGGAUCACCUCAGCCAAGUAUCAGUACGCCAUCGACGAGUACAACAGAACCCACAAACAGAAAGAGAAUGAAGAUGGGGCUUCUCCUGUCUUAGAGGAGGCCGAGUCGCAUUUUGAGGAGAAAGUAAAUGGAGAGAUGCAGGAGCAGAACAUCGGCAACACUAAACUUGAUGACACAGAGAACCUCAACAGGGAAACUUCUACUGAACCUGAGAACCUCCACGCUGAGACACCUCCUGAGGCAGAGAACCUCAAAACUGAGACGCCUCCUGAAGCGGAGAACCUUGAGGCUAAGACUCCUGCUGAACCCAAGAACCUCGACACUGAGACUCCUCCUGAACCCAAGAACAUUGAGGCAGAGACUCCUCCUGGAUCUGAGAACCUGGAUGCUCCAGUUCCUUUACAGAGCCUUUAGCCACCUUCAGGUCCAGCACUGAGUUCUCCAGGCUGAGGUUCCUCCUGCAGCAGCACUUACAGCACUAAUCUGAACACUUUCCUGUUCUUCUCGUCUUUAAUAUCAGCUGCUUUACUCACUUUAACAUCAUCAUGGAGUGAAUUUAAGGGUUUUAGUUGAGACUGAAAUAUUGAUGUACUGAUUUAAUACUGUACUGAGUUUAUAUUUAUAGUUCUCUUAUUUAUUCACUGCUCUGAGCCUUAAUUUCAUGCACUAAAGUUUCUACUGGGAUUUAUAACUUAUUUAAUAGUUCAUAUUAUUAAUAAUAAUAAUAUUU